GGGAGGAGGAAGGGAACGAGCCUUUCAGUGGGGACAGAAGGGAAAGAGUCUCCGUUACAAAUGGAAUAAAAACUGCGCAAUUUUCCUCAAAGGACUGCCUGCUCUGAUCGCGGUGGAUCGGUCCUUUCUAGGAAACGGAUAUCAGUUGUGUCUUUUUUUCUUCUUCUUUUUUUUUUGUUGGAUGAUUAGGGAAUCCGUGCCCAUUGCUUACCCCCGCUGCUGCCUCGGAGGUUACCGGAGCUGGCGAUGUUGUAUUUAUUUUCUUGUUUCCACCAGACGGAUCUUCUGAGAAGGAAACGAGCUGUGCAAUCAUUUUGGGAAGGCGAGGUGACUGUGCAGAGAUGCAAGAUCAGUGACGAGUCCAUCCGUCAAUGUCCCUUUGCCCACGGGCGAACACAACCCUUUUCUCAGCCCCCCGGGCUGGGAUCUAUCUGCGUGGACGGUGCUCCCCGUGCCGACAUUUGCACCUUAAACGCGUUAUGGAUGUUGAAUGGGGUUUUCGUGUGUCUGUGGGUUUUUCUUUUUUUUGGGAGAGGGCUUUUUUAGGGGGCUGCGUCAUCCGAGGCUUGGGGAAGAAGAAGAAAAGAUGGUCUGCUUUGCAGAUUUUCCACUAUUACACUGUUUUAACAGCGAGAGUCAACGCGGCGUAACGUGACGCCGCAUUCUGGAUCGCACAUAUAAGAGAAGGAGUGAGGGCCAUGGCUAAGCAUUGUUGUUGUGCUUGGUUCGAGCAACCCCCAGCACCGGACUGAAGCCACGAGUGAAACGUCUCGUACGGCCUGUCGAGAUGGACUGCACAGUCUGGGAAUGGGAAAGCGCUGAUGCCAUUCCUUAGUGACGAAGAGCCAUCUGCAUUUCGCUUCAAGCACCCACCUGCCCAGGCACUAUCUGGCCCACCCAGUUACAGUCAGUACACACCCAGAGUGUGCUCAGCAGUGGCAGGAGGUGGGAGGUGUCAUGGUGACCUGCUAAACAAGACAGACUACAUUACCCAUGAUCACCAGGGUCGAGGAGACCCAAGAGAGAUGAUUGGCAGCCGAAGCUGAGACAUAACACAAGUGUGAAUCAAUAACUUGGUGGACCUCCAAAAGCUAGCAGACUUUGGGUUCUUGGUGCUUAGGACAGAGGAGUCGGACAGUACAGAUAUUCUCAGUGUUGGUGUGAGGCCCUCUCUGUGCUGCAGUGGAGGGCUUCACAGACACAGCUAGUCUGGCUGGAUGCAUCACGCAGUAGAGCAGUUUGGCGGGCGUGGCACACGGGAUUCCUUCCCUCUGGACGGACUCAACCGGGGACCAUGGGCUCCUGUGGGCGGCCGCGCCUGGCAGCCAUCUGCCAGGUGUUCGCCUGGAAUGAACCAACACCAGCUCCUUCCCCAUCUACCUCCUGGUCCCAUGGGUGGACUGAACCAUCCCAGUAAAUUCUUCAGUAAUGGACCCAUGAGAGGAAAUGAGAAGCUUGAGCUCCCACAGCCAAUGUUACCAGGUUUGCAGAGGGAGCAGCAGAGACCUCCUCCUCAUCAUCUUCACCCUCCACCUCCCCACAGAGCAUGGGAGCAACUUGGUCAGCUGUAUGAAUCCCAUCUCCCUCCUCAAGGACAUCCUGUUGUGCCGCUGCCCAAUGAGCACUCACUUCGUCUCCAUAAUGGAGGCUAUGCAGGAAGUGGCGGCCCUCCUCCCAACCCCCACCUUCCCCCCAGCAGACCAAACCAACUGCUGAAGUUUGGGGGUCCCCAAGAGCAGCUUGUUCCCCGGGGUCCACCACUGCUGGGAGAUGAGAUGUGGGCUCAGGUGCAUCAGCAGAGGGGCUACCCAGGGAAGAUGCUUGGGGGUCAGCUGAAGAGACCAGGUCCGCCACUCGGAGAGCACUCAGUUAUCCAGCACACCCCUCCACCAUCCAUGCACCCAUCCUCCCGCCCAGCUGUGGAGGACUGCCCGAGCCCCAGCAAGAGGACUAAGAGUUCGGAUCAGGUAUCCCAUCCUGGUCUGCAGCGUUUCCCUGGCCAGUCUUUGCUAUCUCAGCACCAGUCAUCAGUACACCACCUCCCUCCAAAAGCUGCCUUCUGGAACCCCCUUCAUAAAAACAGCACUCCUUGGCAGCCACAGACUUCUGACCGCAAGAACCCACAAUCGCAGGAGUUCCAGCUACGAACGGAAUCCAACAAACAAGGAAUGGGUAGCUAUGGCCAAAAGUCCUCUCCUGCCUCCUCCGCCCCUUCAAACCUCUCCCCACCACUAAACCCCUCCCCGGGAACCUACAACCAGGGAUGUGCUCCUCAGCUCCAGAAAGAUGCAUUCCAACCUCAGGCUGUAAACCAGCAGUCCCCUCCCUCGUCCUACCCCAGCCCGAGCUCCAAACUAGGGCUAGCUCCACCCUGCCAGGCCAUGGAGCCUCGUGGUCCUCACAACCAGAGAGGCCCUCCUUUUAGGAUCCAAGGUGGCAGCCAAGCUACCUCUCACACGGCAUCAACCCCAACCAGGGGAGACCAACACCUACAUGCCCAAUCGUCACCAGCAAACCCCCCUGCAACCAGCAACAACAUCAACAGCAGCAGUGUGCCUUACAGCCACUUCCAGCCUCAUCCAGGGCUGGGGCACAAGGGUCCCCCUCUUCCUCCACCUCCUCCUGCCAGCAGCACCUCAGUACCUCAACAUUUGCAAAGUGGGCCCCAUGAAGCUUGGAGAUAUCAGAGCAGGCCCAGCAGUCAUUCUGCAGAGUCGGGCAUCUACAGGCCUCCAGGACUGCUACCUCAGCGCCAGCAGAGCCACAAUCACAUUGUGGAUAGUCGUGUUCCUGUUCCUCCCCAGCAUCACCAUCAUGUCAGCCCUCCUCUGCCCCCAACCAACUCCACUCGAACACCUGUUAUCACUGCCAAUCUUCCCAUAUCCCAGGUCUCUUGCCCCAUCAGUGGCUAUAGCAACAGCAGGAUAUCUAGUGGUGUACCUAUGGCUGGUGUGUCCAGGGUGAUCACAUCACCCCCUGCUGCUUGCUCUGUGAACAAUGGCAGCAGUAAUAGCAGUUGGCAGAGAGGAAGAGAGCCUGUACCCCAAACCUCCACCCGUGGUAUCACUAGUCCCACCUCUCAGCUGGAUGCUUUGCUGCAGCCAGGAUGUCAGAGAGGCCAAACUGCCUCUACCAACCAGCUUCACCAACAGGGCCUGCCCAGACCACAACAGGAACCCACCAAGUCCCGCCCUAUGAAGGGGAAGACGUCAUGCUAUGCUCAGGCUGAAAUGGAGCAACCCCCUGCAUUUUCCUCAUCUUCUUCUUUGUUCUCCUCACGGCACCAGAGGGUAGGGGACAGUGUGAUUACAAGUAGAGUUUCAAAUCCUCUUCAUGGUUCUUCUAUUAAAUACCAAUCAGCUCCAUGCUCCACUGCCAAUACGGCACCUCAGCUGUCAAAUCCAGCCCUCUCCUCCAGACUGGGUCAGUCAGAAUUUGCCUCGACACAGCCGUACGCUCAGCCUCAGAUUCGUCCACCAGCUCCGACCUCUGUCCCUCAGUCCAUUGAAGAGGCUCUAGACAAGCUUGAUGCAGAGCUAGAGGGUCACAUGCAAGCUGAGGAAAGGAGAAAAAGGGACAAAGAGGAGCAGGAGAGAAAAAUUAGAGAAGAGGAGAGGCGGAAAAAAGAAUGGGAGAUGAGACAAAAGCGGGACGAGGAGAGGAAAAGGAAGGAGCUGGAGAAGAAGGAUGAGGAGAGGAAGAAAAGAGACCUGGAUAGACAGGAGGAGGAGAGGAGGAGGAGAGAAUGGGAGAGGCAGGAGCAGGAGAGAAAGAGGAGGCAAGAAGAAGAAAGGAGGAGGAGAGAAGCAGAGCGGCUGGAAGAGGAGAGGCAAAGGAGAGAAUGGGAGAGGCAGGAAGAGGAGAGGAAAAAGAGAGAAUGGGAGAAGAAGGAGCGGGAAAGGAAGAGGAGAGAGUGGGAGAGGCAAGAGGAGGAGAGGAAGAAGAGAGAAGCAGAGAGGCAGGAGAUAAAGAAGAGGGAACUGGAGUGGCAGGAAGAAAAGAAGAAAAAACAAGAGUUGGAGAGGAAAGAGCAGGAGAAAAAGAGAAUGGAGCAGAUGAGGGAGAUGGAACUAUGCAGUGCAAAAGGCAAAGAGCAGACCGCUAUGGAAAAUCUGGAGAGACUGCUCUCGUGCAACACUUCCCCAACACCCACACCUCCUCGCCUCUCUUCUGUUACUGCACCUUCUUCAGGUCCAUUACCCCCCAGCUCCCAGGCUUCGCCCCCUUACCCCUGGCUAAGCCGUGGUGGCGUACUCCCCUGUCCACCAGGCCAGACCACCACCACCAUAACUCCUGUAGAAAGGCUGCGGCCGCCCCCUCUUACACCUCAGACUGAGUAUGCCAGAGAAAAGCAGAGGCAGAGGGAGAUGUGGAGCAACAAUGGCAGAACGACAUUCAGCCCCUCAUCAACACACAAUACCUCAGGGAUGAACCAGUCGGUAUACCCUAACAAGCCCCCGGCAAUGCAAGCCGCACCCAACCUAUCCAAAGACUCCAGUGAGAGAGACAGCAGCAAACACUCUCUUCCUUCCUUGGCACUUAGAGAGCCCCCCAAACUGUAUCAGGCUUUUCCCAGAGAAAGCCCAACACCACCUUUAGUCUCCACCUCCAGCUCUAUGAGGGGAAUCCUAAACCAGCAGAUGACAGGAAGUGGUUUGGAAAAGGCCAGUAGCUGUGCUGCUGAUUCUGCCCAAUUUGAGGAAGAGCCCUCCGAGUUGUCCACACUGCUCCCCGAUGGUCUGGCUAACAUUAUGGCUAUGUUGGAUGAAUCUAUCAAAAAAGAAGAGGAGCUGUAUAACAGUGAAAAGGCUGGGUCCACAGGUCUCCUUGACAACUUUACUCCUUGUGUCCAGCCUAUCAAGAGCUACCUGAGUGCCCCAGACCUCAUUCCAGCAAUGAAGCAUCAGCCCAACCAGGAAGACUUUGGAUCCAAUCCGCACGCUAGUCCUCCCGUGCUCAGUCGCCAAGGCUCUCUGGCAUCCCCUUGCAGCCGAACAUCAUCUCUCAAUGAGGAGGAUGAGGACUACUUUAAACCUUCUCCAAAUGUCCCUCUGAACCCCAAACGGCCAAUGGACAUGGGAGUGGGGAACACCAAUUACCGCCACAGCGACUUGGCCAAACUUUAUGGCCUCCCCGAGCAGACUAAAAGUGAGGUUGAUGAGGAGGAAGAUGACGAUGACUCUGAGACACCAUCUUGUUCUCCACCACCCCAAAGACCCCACCUCCACCAAACCGGUGUAAACAGCAUGUUCAAGUCCCUAGCAACAGUCCUAGAGAGCCAGAAGUAUGCCUACCGCGGUGGUCCUUUUGGGAGACCCCCUCCAUCAGCUCUGCUUGGGGUCAAAUAUUCCUCGUCACUGUCACUGGGCCCAGAUAUCUGCCGCCAGCAGCAAGGCAGUUCUCCAACAUCAGAUUCAACCAAUCCACCAUUGAGUCCAGCUUUCCCAUCCCUAAAAUCCUCCCCUCCUCUUCUGCUAGAAGACAAUAAACUGAAAAUAGAGGACACUGAUGACUGGAGAGAUGAUGUAGAGACAACAGAAGACAGAAUAAGCUCUAUCAAAACGGUGAGUAUUUCUGCCCUAAAGCCCAUGAAGGUGGUCAAAGAGGAGCCGCUGUUGACGACUAUCUCUGAGUCUUCUCUGGCAGAACUGGGCAAAAGCUGCGAGGUCAUGCUUAGUCGACAGUCACUUAGCACGAACUCCCUUGAUAAACCUGAUGGCCAUGUCAAAGUGAAAGACAGACACAAACAUGAGAAAGUAAAGGAACACAGAGAGAAAGAUAAGAGGAAGCAUGGUCACAGCAGCAGGAAGCACGAAGACAGGAAAGAAAAGAAGAAGCAUAGAGAAAAAAGAGAGGAGAUGACCUUCUGCUCUUUAUCAUCGUCGUCGUCGUCGUUGUCGUCGUCGUCGUUGUCGUCGUCGUCGUUGUCGUCGUCGUCUUCUUCCACUCAUUCCAGCUCCAGUCACGAGCGGCACAAGGAUGGCAAGAGCCACAAGGAAAAGAAAGAUCGCAGAAUUCUUGGUGACCUCAACCUUCAGAGCAAGGAGGGGUCCGAGAAGAAUCGGGGUCAUUAUGACGCAGAAAAAACGAAACGUAAGGACGCAUCCGGAGCCAGCUCCACCAGCGAUGGGGAGCAUGCCGAAUGGACCUCGAGAAGUUCGGAGGAAAGAUCUUCCGAGGACAAAAAAGACUCAGAAUCUGGCUCUUCGCUGGGUUCAACGGACUUCUUGAAACUGAAAGCGCUGUCGGAUGGGCCCCCCAAAGAGCUGAAGAUUCGCCUGAUCAAAGUGGAGAGCGGGGACAGGGAGACAUUCAUUGCCUCCGAGGUGGAGGAGAAGAGAAUCCCGCUGGAGGACAUCACCAUUAAGAACACUGCCAGUGAAAUCAUCAGGUCCUGCAAGGGGGCCAGAGUGAAAGAGAAGUUCAGAGAAUCUUACUUGCUCCCAGCUUUCUCUGUCAAGCCCACCAUGACCUCAGAUGAAGCCAUUCCCAGAGAGAAACUCAACCCUCCUACACCCAGCAUCUAUUUGGAGAGUAAGAGGGAUGCCUUCUCCCCUGUGCUGCUGCAGUUUUGUACAGACCCCAAGAAUCCUGUUACUGUCAUCAGAGGCCUGGCUGGAUCUCUGCGACUCAACCUGGGGCUGUUUUCUACAAAGUCACUUGUGGAAGCUAAUGCCGAGCAGGCGGUAGAGGUGAGGACUCAGGUACAGCAGCCUGCUGAUGAGAACUGGGACCCCAGUGGGACAGCCCAGACGUGGCCCUGUGAGAGCAGUCGCUCACACACCACCAUUGCCAAGUAUGCCCAAUACCAGGCCUCCAGCUUCCAAGAGAGUCUACAGGAGGAGAAAGGCAGCGAUGACGAGGAGGAUGAAGAUGAGAAGGAGAAGGAGAAAGAGAAGGAGAAGGAGAAGAAGCCAUCAAACAACUCUGAUACUCCAAGCAAGGACUGCUCUAAAGAAAGUAGCAGUGGUGAGCAGAAACAAGUGGGGAAGAUAAUUAAGUUUGGCACCAACAUUGACCUCUCAGAUCCCAAGAGGUGGAAGUCCCAGCUUCAGGAGUUGCAGAAGCUGCCGGCAUUUAUGCGCGUGGCAUCCAGUGGAAACAUGCUGAGCCACGUUGGACACACCAUCCUCGGCAUGAACACCGUCCAGCUCUACAUGAAAGUUCCAGGGAGCCGAACGCCAGGUCACCAGGAGAACAAUAACUUUUGCUCUGUGAACAUCAAUAUUGGCCCUGGAGACUGUGAGUGGUUCUCUGUCCAAGAGAACUACUGGCACGCCAUCAGUGACUUCUGUGAAAAGCAUGGAGUGGACUACCUGACGGGGUCCUGGUGGCCAGUGUUGGAGGACCUCUACAAAGCAAACAUCCCAGUGUACCGCUUCAUUCAGCGGCCUGGAGAUUUGGUGUGGAUCAACGCUGGAACCGUUCACUGGGUUCAGGCCGUUGGCUGGUGCAACAACAUCGCGUGGAAUGUGGGUCCUCUCAAUGCCUACCAGUACCAGCUGGCCCUUGAGAGGUUUGAGUGGAACGAAGUGAAGAAGGUGAAGUCCAUUGUCCCCAUGAUUCAUGUGUCCUGGAACGCGGCCCGCACUGUCAAGAUCACUGACCCGGACACCUUCAAGAUGGUCAAACACUGCCUGCUGCAGUCCAUGAAGCACAUCCAGAUCCUGCGGGACCAACUGGUGGCUGACGGGAAGAAGUUAUCUUAUCAGAGUCGGGUCAAGGACGAGCCUGCCUAUUACUGCAAUGAGUGUGACGUGGAGGUGUUCAAUUUGUUGUUUGUGACGAGUGAGAGCAACAGCAGGAAGACGUAUGUGGUUCACUGUGAGGACUGCGCACGUCAGCGUAGCCCUAACCUGACGAACGUGGUGGUGCUGGAGCAGUACCGCACAGAGGAGCUCAUGAACAUAUACGACUCCUUCAAUCUGGCCUCCUCCCGGUGACAGAGCUCCCCUCCUGCGUCUCCUCAGCCAUAACCAAAACUCCUGCAAGCCAGGACAAAAGACACAGUUUCACUUUGGUUCUCAACUUAACGUUUCAUUAUUUAAAAUCAUUUUUGCUACUACUGCUAACACUUGCCGAACAGCCAGUUGAAUACGUUUACUCAUCAUUACUGUUUACAAAAAGAAAUACAAAGCCGCCAAUACAAUACCAGUUUACUCUCAGAUGGUGCUUUUAACCAGACACCCACAAGGGGGCAGUUGGUGCUGCCAUUGAACAGACUGCAGUGGGUACAUGAUGGUUUCAAUGGUGCGUUUGUGUCAAUACCAGAGAACUUGUUCCUGUUGUUGUCGUCUUGAAUACUGAGAUUUGUACAUGCUGUUUGCAAUUUUUGUGGGGUGCUGUCUUUUUUAAGAAAUAAUUUAUUGGUUUGUUUUUUCUAAACUAGAUCAACCUAGAUAUAUACCACAUUGGCCUUGUAUUUAGAAAAGAGAGAACAUGAAAAAUACUAAUAAUAGAGAUAUGAACAUUUUUCUAGAGCAUUAAGAAUUUAAAAAAAAAAAAUACAAAUGUUUGGAAUGCUUCAAAACAUACGGGUUUUAACGACUUUGGUUGUUUUGGGGGGGAUUUCAUUUUGUCUUUCAAAUUCUUGUAUGUGUUGUAAAUCUUGUGUUUGUAUGAAUUAUACUUUUAAUUUCCUCUGGAGAAUAAUAAGUUGUCACGCAUCAGGUCUUUUUGUUCAUUUCUUCCAUCUCUGUAUGGAGUAUCUCUUUAAAAAAGAAAGAAAAAAAUCAUUGCCAUCUGGUGUUUGUGUGUUGUACCUCUGAUUGUUUUGUUCCAAUAUGCAGACUUAGUAUUUCCUGGAUUAUUUUUUUUUGCAUUGUACAUUUAAUUUAAAAUGUUUCUUCUAUUUAUUGGAUAUCAAUGGUCUCCCUUUUUUUAAAAGGGUUGUACAAGUUUUCGAUUUUUUAUUAUUUUUUUUUCCCUCUUUAUUUUUUAUAGUAAACGAUUGCUCUGUAAGAACUGAAAUUUGGGGUUGUGUGUCCACGGGAGUGGAGGCUGCUGUUUCUAUGGUGCUUGCCUCUCAUGACUCCUGCCUUUUUCCUUCUGAUAUAUAUUAAAUGAUAUCUUUAUCUCGAAUAUAACACCACAUUUCCUGUAGACAAUAGGCACACUGCUCACGUAGAGAAGAUGACUAAUGGAAUGCUGUGUUUGUAUGCUCAUUAAGGAAAAAAACUGUUUCCAAAGUAUUUUGAGAAAUGGUCAUUUUUUUUAUUAUGUAGGGGCUUUUAGACGAGAUUUUAAUGAUUUUAUGAUAUUAUCUGUUGAAUAUGAUAAUGGGAUAGAUGGUGCUAAAUGUUCUCUUUGAACAACUUCUUUUUCUCUUCAUCUUCUUAAAAUGAGAAUUCUAUUUUUCCUGUUGCAAUAUUACCUUAUCCUUUUUCUUCUCUUUGUGGUCCUUUUAUUUAUAACUGCACUGUUUAGAGAAUUCACACAGACAUACUUGCAGACACACACACACACACACACCAAACUGAGCCAGACGUCUUAAACACUUGUGAAUUUGUGUGACAUUAUUAAUAAUAAAAACUUUUUGAUAAAUCCAAAA